AUGUCGGACAAGGAGAAGCACGACCCGGACCCGCCGCCGCCGCCGCCGCCCGCCGCCGACAACGACGUCGACUCGGCGGCCGACAGCGGCGACGACGACGAAGCCAAGUCGGAAGACCUCGACGGCCACCGGCCCACGCUGCGCGAAAUCCGGUCCAACACGUCGGGCGCCACGGCGACGGGCAGCCUCGCCCGCCGCGACACGGUGCUCUCGCGGAUACGCUCGCGGCCGGCGCCGACCUUCACGCACCCCCUCGCCCACGUGCGCACGAGCGAGGCCGAGCUCGUGGGCUUCGAGGGCCCCGACGACCCGUACCACCCGCUCAACUGGGCGACGCACAGGAAGGCGUCGACGACGCUGCUGUACGGGCUCGUGACCAUGACGGCGACGUGGGCGUCGUCGGCGUACUCGGCGGGCACGGGGCAGAUUGCGCGCGAGUUCGGCGUGGGCACGCAGGUGGCGACGCUGGGCACGACGCUGUACCUGUUUGGCUUCGGGCUCGGGCCGCUGCUGUGGGCGCCGCUCAGCGAGGUGUACGGGCGCCGCGCCGCCGUCCUGGCGCCCAUGUUUGUCGCCGUGUGCUUCAGCUUCGGCAGCGCCGCGGCCAAGGACCUGCAGACGCUGAUGCUGACGCGCUUCUUUGGCGCGUUUUUCGCCUCGGCGCCCGUCACCAACACGGGCGGCGUGCUGGGGGACCUGUACACGCCGGCGUGGAGGGGGAUCGCCAUGGCGGGCUAUGCCAUGGCCGUCGUGGGCGGUCCGGUGCUGGGACCCAUCGUCUCGGCCGCCGUCGUCGAGCAGCCGUCCCUCGGCUGGCGCUGGACCGAGUACCUCACGGGCAUCCUCCAGGUGGUGGUGCUCGGCGCGGCGCUCGUCUUCAUCGACGAGAGCUACCCGCCCAAGCUGCUCGUCUACAAGGCGCGGCGGCUGCGGCACGACACGGGCAACUGGGCGCUGCACGCGCAGUUCGAGGAAUGGGACGUGGGCGUGGGCGAGCUGGCGCGCAAGUUCCUCCUGCGGCCGCUGCAGCUCCUCUGCACGCCCAUCUGCUUCCUGAUGGCGCUCUACGCCAGCUUCUGCUACGGCAUCCUGUACAUGCAGCUGGGGGCCAUCCCCAUCGUCUUCGGCGAGCUGCGCGGGUGGCGGCCGCUCGUGGCGACGCUGCCGUUCCUAAGCAUCCUCGCCGGCGCCGCGCUCGGCUGCGGCCUCAACGUGUACAACCAGACGCUGUACAACCGCGCCUACCACGCCGCCGGCGACCGCGCCGUGCCCGAGAAGCGCCUGCCGCCCAUGAUGCUGGGCUCGCUGCUCUUCAGCGCCGGCCAGUUCCUGCUCGGCUGGACCGCGCGCCCGUCCGUCCCCUGGAUCGCGCCCUGCCUCGGCCUCGCCAUGCUCGGCGCCGGCUUCUUCACCAUCUUCCAGGCCGCGCUCAACUACCUCGUCGACACGUUCCAGGCCCACGCCGCCUCGGCCGUCGCCGCAAACACCUUUCUGCGCUCGUGCUUUGCCGGCGCCUUCCCGCUCGUCGUCGGCCCGCUGUACCACAACCUCGGCGUCGGCCCGGGGUCCAGCAUCACCGCCGGGUUCGCGGCCCUGCUGAUCCCCGUGCCCUUUGUGUUUUACCGGUACGGCCGCCGCGUGCGCGCCAAGUCCAAGUGGUCUCGGAAAUCCGUCUUUUGA